GGAGGAGGACCAGCAGCAGGACCAGCAGCAGCAGCAGCAGGACCAGCAGCAGCAGCAGCGGCGGCGGCACCAUGUCUUUCGGUGGUAGCCAGCCUUUCUACCACAAUCCGGUCAUUCCAUUCUCUGGACCUAUCCACGGUGGACUCCAGGAUGGACAUGAGGUCUUUGUCAAUGGGUUGGUCCUUCCUGUCGGUGGGACUAGGUUUUCUGUGAAUUUUCAGUGUGGGCCCAACGACAGCAACAUUGCCUUUCAUUUCAACCCUCGGUUUGAAAAAGGCGGUUUUGUGGUGUGCAACACAAAGCAGAAUGGUUCCUGGGGGCAAGAGGAGAGGAAGAUGCAGAUGCCUUUCCAGAUGGGGGCACCUUUUGAUAUUUGUUUUCAGGUCCACAAUUCAGCCUUCGAGGUGAUAGUGAAUGGAAGUUACUUUGUCCAGUACCAGCACCGGAUCCCUUUCCAUCGAGUGGACACCAUCACGAUCCAGGGCAUAGUGAAGGUGUCCUACGUAAAGUUCCAGAACAGCAGAUAUGCUCCCAUCCAGCCUCCCUGCUAUGUCCCACAGCAGAUAAUGUCAGCACCACCUCCCCACAGGCCCAAGGGGCGCAAACCCAAACCUCCCCAAUCAGUCUGGCCGACUUCUGCCUCGAACGUCAUCACUCAAACGGUUUUCCCUGGCAUCCACACUGUUCCACAGAUGCCCAGUGCACCUAUUUUCCCACCCCCAGUGUUCAACAAUCAGUCGUAUCCCUUACCUUUCCACACAUCGAUCUUUGGAGGACUCUAUCCAUCCAGGCAAAUCGUUGUAUCUGGCACCAUCCUUCCUACUGCUAACAAGUUCACAAUCAACCUGAGAUGUGGGAAUGACAUUGCCUUCCAUCUGAACCCUCGAUUUCAAGAGAAUGCUGUGGUCCGGAACACCCAGAUUAACCACUCAUGGGGAUCUGAGGAGCGUGGUCUGCCCAGUUUUAUGCCCUUCACCCGAGGCCAGCCCUUCCUGGUGCAAAUCAAGUGUGAAGUCCACUGCCUCAAGGUGGCUGUCAAUGGGAAGCACCAGUUUGACUACAAUCACCGCAUGAAAAACCUAAGCUCUAUCAACCAGCUGGAGGUGUCAGGAGACAUCCAGCUGACCCACUUCCAGAUAUUUUGAAGGGCCUCCAUCCCAGGUGUCUCAGCUGGAGGUGUCUGGAGACAUUCAGCUGUUAGUGAAGGGCCUCCCACCCGGGUGUCUCAGCCUGAAUCUUUUUUCUCUCCCUCCCAUCCUCACUUGUCCCUGGCUGAUUGGACUCCAAGCACCAAGUUUACCCUCCACCCCCAAUCAGGAAGGAGUUGGAGAAAGCUGCUCUCCUCUCUGGGGGAAUGUGAAACAGUACCUGCUUAUUUUUUUGUACAUGCUAACUCUUCAUAUUUGGAUUGUAUUUCCUUGUGGCAGGGGCCAUGUCUUACCUAUACUUGAUAUCUUUCCACUGCCCAACCCAGUCAUACGCACACAGCAGGCACUUAAUAAAAGUCUGUUAUGUGGUAUUGAGCUCAGAA